UGGCCAGUCAGUCGGUGACUAAACGUGAACACGAUGAGACGUAUCUAACGGAGGAGCUCAAGUCGGAUCUCUACAGUUCAGAAGGAUUGUUGUUUACUGUUCUCAGUUCAGUAGUUGUGUGGAGCACGGUGAACAGUUGAACGGCUCAGAAUAAAAAGGCGAUAAUACAUUGAAAAAGGAUUGAAUCGUCGUCGGGUGACGGUGUUUCCGGAGAAAAGAAACUGAAACCAGAAGAGUGUUGGAUUGCUCGCGUUCAUUUUUCGGUGUUCGAUUGCCGGGAAGAGCGGAAGAAGUCGUAAAAGUGCUGAGAACAUCAAAACGGAAAAGGAUUGAUUCUUCCGGUUUGAGAAAUAAUUUAUUAGUCAGCGAUAAAAAAUAGUGACGGAAAGCUUGAAUUGACAGAGCGUGAAUGAAUAGAUUGGGAGAAAAGUGGCUGAUUCAGUGUUCGUAGAAAUUAAUAUUUAUGGAGAAAAAUUGAUGCUUGGGAAGCAGUAGUUGAGAUAAGAGCAAACAAGGAAAAGAGUUGUUGAAACGAGUAACAAGUGUCAGUGGAGAAGUUUGCGAAGAAGAACGUUGAAAAACAAAAUUGUUUGAAGUAGUAGGUGCGACCAAGUGCGAUUCGCUGCGGAUGAAUGCCAUGAAUGCUAUCGCCAAGAUGUACCCAAAGCUGAGUGCCGUGGAGUUGUCAGCAAUUUUAAUGAAAGGUGCUGCAAUGUCCGCUGCCGCCUCAAUGGAGCGCGAUUCCGGUUUCAAUUCGGGCAGUUCCGAGCAUGAAGACGACCUCAAAAGUCUGGACCAGAGCUCCAGGGAUGGACUCAUAACGCCGGAGAACAGUUCUGAGGAUUCGGUUGAGGUCAAAUUGCCCCAAACCGUAAUCAAGAACAAACGAAAAAGUACGGAACCUCUGCGGGUGGUUUCGGAUGCUGAACUUCUUGGACCCAUUAAAAAACGAAUCCGUUAUGAAGGGCAGAUCAAAGAAGAGAAGGAUGCCCUACUCGAUCACCAUCUAAACGGAAACCCAUUCAGACCAUGGGCUCCAAGCGUGGAAGAGUUUCCUGGUGCGCAUCCACCACCAGCCCAUUUCUCCAAUCCGGCCGAUCUGCUGGUCAGACACCCCGGAGUCACCACCUUCCACCGUGCCAUCAGUCUCAAACCUCUGGCCCAUCUCCAGCAGCAAUCACCAGCUCUCCUCUAUCCGUCGUCUUCCACUUCCACUUCCACCUCCACCCCCUGCCAACAGCAACCCCUCGCAUUGAUCUCCAAAAAACCCCAAUCCUUCAAAGUCCCACCAAUCACCGUGCAGGACAGCAUCCGGCAAUCUUCGUCGGAUCGACCCGUGUUCCUACCACCGCACCCCGUCAACGAUGCACCCCGCUCCUCCACAUCCAAACCGACGCAACCUCGCAACUACAAAAACAUGACCCGCGAGCGACGGAUCGAAGCGAACGCUCGCGAGCGAACCCGAGUGCACACGAUCUCGGCGGCCUACGAGAAGCUCCGCGAUGCCGUACCAUCGUUCGCCAAGGCGCAAAAACUCUCCAAACUGUCCAUCCUGCGGAUUGCGUGCGACUACAUCCUCACCCUGAGCCGGAUGGCCGACGAGGAUUACAGCGCGGACGGAUCGGAACCGUCGAUCGAAGAUUGCGUCGCGAUGGUGUCGAAAACCAUCCAAACCGAAGGAAAGAUCAAGAAGAAGAAGGACGAAUGAAUCGGUCGCGCAAGGUUGUGUCUGUGGCAGUGCGGGCAACGAGUCAAUCAAUAAUGGAAAGUGGUGCUGUGCACACACGUUAAUUGAAACGCUUAGCAAUCGGUAGGGAAGUGGAGGAACUGUCAAAUGGAAUUUGAGUAACUUCCGGCCAUUUUUUUAUUAUUUGCUUUAUCGAUUAGAGUGACUGAAGUUAGUUGUGGUGAAUCAGCUCUGGAGCUGCAGUAGCUAGGCCACUAAGUUAGGGAAUACGAAUGGAACUUCACUAUUUAUUUCGCCAAUAUUGGAUCCACGGAUCUGGGUAACACAUUUGAAACGUUUCUAGUUUUUAAGGGAGUCGAUGCAAAACAGUACAAAUAGGGUGCAGCAAAGCGGGAAACUUGCAGGUCUGAUCUGUUGCCAUAAGAUAAAACUGAAAUCUGAGACAAUAAUAAAAUCGCCAAAUAUUUGAUAAAGAAAACUAACAAACAGUUGUGAUCAGAAGAAAUUCACAAACUUAAACAACAAAACAAUAGCCGGUGCCAUAAGAAGAAUAUCAUUAAAUGAACCGCAUUUUCGUUCGCCAAAGCAGAACCGCUUCUGCCGUAGUUAGGAUGUGAACCAUAAAACACACUGAUUACCGAGUCAAUCGAUUUGCAUGUUUUUGUUUCAAACCGAGCCACUUAGUCACGCGAGAGGAAAUAGUUUGGGCCGCUCUUCACUAACGCUAGUAUCUCAUUAUUCAAGUUGUAAGUCUUUAUUAGUCAACUUUAAGGUAUAUUUAUAAGCAAAUCAAAUUUGUGAUUGUUUUGUAAACAAUUUUUAAAUGUCCUACAAAUUUUGAAAAUUCGAAAGCAUUUGAAUGGAAACAAGGAUGAAUAAAACGAAAAUAUUUUCGAGUCAAUUUUAAACGAAA